AUGACUUCCGCAUCUGAUGAUGAUACUGGCAAAACUUAUGAAGCUUACGACAGCAAUAGUUCUGACUUGAAUCUCCCUACGACUGGAACCGUUGUUCCUACGUCGCCUCAAAUUACCGCUUUGGAUAACCCAAGUUCGACCUAUCCAUCCCAGCCUGAUCAAAGAAACUCACCUUCCCCAGUGAAGCCUGACCUCAAUAGUGGAUCGAAUUCUGAUACCGAUAUGGUAGACACGGAAACACCCGGACAGGGCGCCCCAGAUAAUGACAUUGUUGACGAGACAAUGACUGAUGCCGAUCAAGAUAUAGAUAUUACUGAGAAUCAGACAAUUGAUGAUAAGCCACCAGAAGGAUUGUGCGUUGAAUGUCGAGACCAGGAAACUUCAUACUUGUGUGAAAACUGUGAAGAAAAUUUCUGUGAGAUGUGCUACGCUAUGAUUCAUCGCACGGGUACCCGUCGAAAGCAUACCAGAAAGAGUCUUAAACCGACUUCUGCAGAGGCUAACCCUCAAGUCGUCUCCAAUGGUUUGAAAUCUCUGACUAACGGUAACGCAACGACUGCAGCAGCCAUUGACGAGGCGAAAGAUUACGACUCUGAAACCGAAUAUAUAGGACCUGACUCAAUAGAAAAUUCGUUUAGUGGUACACAAUGGGGUGACUGGAUCGAAGAACGAACGCAGUACAUACCGAUUCGGCUGACGUUGGAUGAACGAAAAUGUCUGAGGCUAUUAGAGGCAGCGCUGAAUGUAUCAGAAUAUACGGAUAAAAUCGAUAUAAUAACGUACAGCAGUAAAUCUAAACGGAUUGUACUGCAAAUUAAGGAGCUUUGUGGGAUUCUUUCUGGGCUUGUGGUUGCAAGCGACUAUAAGAGAGGUCAAGAGCUGAUUGCCGAUAAAGACUACCGGGAUAAUGAAGAAUUUUUCCAAAGUAUUUUCGAGAUUGGACGACGGCACAAAAUCAUGAAUCCAGAAAAAAUGAGAGAUGCGUACGGAAAACUCAUGUUUAUGUUGAUGGACGCGGUCACCCCAGAGGUCCAAGAUAUACUUCCUCUCAAACUAGUUCGACCAAUCAAGACCGUUCAUAGCUUUCUAAAAGAGCGCGAUGCCCUAAACAUAUUACACAACGAUUUGGUGAAAAUAGCAACGGCUGAAAUUAUUUCAGAAGGUAAAUCACGGUCAAAGAUUCAGCAAGAAAUCCGAGAAAAGGAACGGGCUAUCAACAUUUUGAGUAACAAAUAUGCCAAGCCUGGCCUAUUGGAACCCGAAGAAAUCCGACAAUGUUUGUAUAGCAUUGGUGACAAUCACGCCUAUUUGAGAGCGAAUCGAGAUUGUUGCGAUCGUAUGCUUGGAUACUUAAACAAGUAUUUUGAUCCUCGUCAAGUCGAAGAUAAUUAUUCGCUUGCUAUACGCGCGGGUGUUCACGGUGCACGGUUGUCACAUAGCCAUGAGAUGCAGUAUUAUUAUGCAAACCAAACGCUGGCUCUUUGGCGAGAAAUUCAACACGAAAUGUUCAAACUAUGGACGAUGGCUGAUCAUGACAUGCUUUCCGAAAACAAUACAUACCGACUCCGUGAUACUGGUCAAGGCCUAAACAGGGUACAAUCAUGCUUUACAGUGUCAAGAGUCAUGCACUCUAUCUUACAUAGGGCUCAGCAAAAAGCACGACAUUGGGUUGGAAGCUCGGUUAUUCAUUUGGGCGAUAAGAACGUUCCGAACGCUCUUGUGUUCAUUGACAAGUACAAUCAAGUAUCUCGCAUCUUGAAUCCUAUACUCAUAUGCCUUGAUACCAUACCGAAACUGGCCAGAGAAAAUGAAGGCAUUGGCGAUUACAUAAGGGCAACAUUUAAUGAUGUCGAAACCUUAAAGAAGGAUAUUCUCGUUGAUUUCUUCCGCUAUGCCUUUGAUGGUAGUGGUGCAGAUAACUUCUUUGAUGCUGGUAGUUGCAUCGAUGGACGUUUGACUAGUGCUUGGAAUUGGUGCUCUCAAAUUGAAAAGAAGAGGUUCUUCCCUGUUUUCUUGUUAACGGGCUUCGUUGGCUUUGAUGGCGGUGACUUUUAA